CUAAAAAAGGUUAAAUUAUAUAUAAACCAGAUUAUAAAAAAUUUAAUGUUUUGCUUAUAGAUGAAACAAUGGUUGCUCAAACACAUUAGUUUUUAUUUUGAUAUUAUUGUUUUCUCUAAAACAUAAUUAAAAACAAAUUUAGUAAAAAAUUUAGAAUAGAAAUAUUAAGUACAUAGCUUCAGUUUCGCGCAAAAAAAUGUUAAAAAUAGAGAAUUCAAUUUUCAUGAUCCUUAUUUCAGAGACAAUGGUAAAGUUAACAUGAUUUCAAUUGAAGGCUCGGUUUUGUCGGGGAUUGGACGUAGGGGAAAGGAGGUUUAUCGCAUUUCCAAAUGCGCGGUACCAUGUAACCUAUAUUAUCCCUUGUGGGCCAAAUUCCGAAAGCAAACUGACGUGACCGCAGCGAUAAGCCCGCGUUGGAUUCUACGUAGAAAGGCGCGGGGACGACUCUCCAGAAUUGGAAAAGCAUAAUACGAGCCAAACUCACCCUCCCUCCCUCCCUCUCCGGAAGAGGGUGUACCAUUCGCGGAUUGCCUCCAUCGACGAAAGAAAUAUAUUUUCCCUGCGUGCAGGAAAUAAUUACGUGGUCGAACAUGCGAAACGAUAUCCGUUCUUUCGGGCAAUUACAUGGAAAAGAAAGUUUUGAUCGGCUAGUCCGGAUAGGCGAGCACGUCGAUCCGGAAGACGGAAGGAUCGUCUGUCUAUCAAUUAUCGGGAUAUUCGAGGACAUUUUCGAUUAUCUGUCUUUCAUACGUCGAAAUUCUCUCAUUUUGCAAACAAUAUUUUUUAAAUCAUUAAAAGCUCAAUGAAGAUUAAAGAUAAUUUUUUAAUCGCAACGAAAGAAAGAGAGCGAGAAAGAGAGAGAUAAAGCGAGAAAAAGUAAACAUGUAAUUUUGAUCAGCGGCAAACGAAAUUAAAUUAUGUUGCUUAUCAUAUAAGUUAUUAUUAUUAAUUAGCGUUAAUUAUGCAUCUGCUAUAAAUGUAAGCAUUAUAUCAUGUUCUACAUGCGUUGCAAAUAUUUUAAAAUGUAUUGUUAAAAAUAUACCUAAAUAUUAUCAAUGUUUUGUUUCCAUAUUCUAUUUUAUCCUUUUUUGUGAUCUAUCUUACAUUUCUAUGAAGGCAAACAAUUGUACAUAAAAUAAUAAUUUUAGAACAGCGAAUGUUCAGCCAUCAAGUCUAUCGUUACGUAUGAUUUUAACUUAUUCCUCUAUAAUCCUUUUAAAAAUUAUUUGAAAUGUUCGUGUCCCCCUUCGAACACGCAAUAUUGUAAUAUAAUCGUAAAGUUGAUAAAGUAUCAAGUUGAAAUUUAUCCGCAUUUAUACGUAACCAGGUAACGCGAACUCUCUCCCGGCGCUCGAAUAUUCACGCCGCGUUUGCGUUGGCCGCCCCCGUUUUCGACGCGGGGGAUGCGAUACACUCUCGGCGUACACGGCGACCCCGCUGACUUGCGGGGACGUAAACGGGGACCGCGCGCGUCCAAGGAGUAUCGUGGGCGCGCCGCGCGCGGCACGCGAUCCCGCCGCCCGCGUCGGGAUCCCCAGGAAACAAAACGGAGCAGAAGCGUCGCGACGCCCGGCGCCUCAGUGAAGUCCGACCAUCCGUGGCGAACGCAAGCGAUUGCACCCCCGCUGUCGAGAGGGUAGCCGCCGAGAGAAGCCCUGAGGAAACUGUACCGCCGCCAGCCGUCCUCCCUCGUCGCCGCCGGAGAAGCCGCUUGCUUCCGGUAAUCUUUUGCGGAAAAGCAUCGAGACGCGCGCUUUAAAGAUGCCGCGGCCAAUUUCGAAAGGAACUCCUCAAUUAUCGGCAAGAGGACAGACGGAGAGGCGGCGGCCACCGUUUCUCAGAGCUUCUACCAAAACUAAGGAGACAGAACGAAUCAGUGGAAGUAAGAUGGAUUCUGCACGCAGCGGGGGUGCUAAAGAAGACCAAGGCAGUGACGAGGAUCUGUCGCCGGAUGCUCUAGUCAGGCAAAAUUACGAGCUCCGUCAUCGCUUGGAGGAGGAGACCGCGAGUUACAAGAGACGUUUGGACACAUAUCGACAAGCUCAACAGCAUCAAGCUGCCCUUGUCUCGCGAUUACAAGCUAAAGUUCUGCAGUAUAAACAAAGAUGUUCGGAACUGGAGAAUCAGAUGACAGAGACUAUUCCGUGCGACACCAGCAAGCCAAUUGUGUCCUCUACUACAGUGCUAGAGGCUGCCCAUCAGACACUUCGGGAUAUACGAGAGGAGCAAAUUCACGAUAUGGAUACUGCCUUGAAAAAGCUUGGAGAAGAACGACGAAAAUGCGAAGACCUUUUGCAAUUAAACGCAUCUCUGAAAGAUCAACUCGAGGAGUCUCAUCAAACAAACGAGGCACUAACUAACGAUUUGCAAAAACUAAGUAACGAUUGGGACAUACUAAGAGAAGAAUUGGCUAUUAAGGAAGACGAAUGGAAGGAAGAAGAACAGGCAUUCAAUGAAUAUUACAUCUCUGAGCAUAACCGAUUACUGAACCUGUGGCGCGAUGUUGUUUCCGUUAAAAGACUGUUCGCAGAAAUGAAAUCUACUACGGAAAGGGACUUGUCCAAACUGCGGAACGAAAUUAUUUCAUCGUCUAAAGAAAUGACAUCGGCGUGCAAUAGUACGAACUUUACUAUGAAGCUUCAAGCAAGCACGCCGUCCCAGAAGAUGCAACAACUGGAAGAGGAACAAGCCGUGAUUAUCCUAAAAACCGAGAUUACAGCGCUAAAGCAACAGCACACUGCUGAUCAACAUGAAAUUCGUACCAAAGACGACCGGAUAGACCAGCUUAUUCGAGAAAUCCGCAAUUUAGAAGAGAGAUGUGGCGUUUCCGAGGCGGCGGUGACCCAGACCGUGCGUAUGCAGGAAGACAUCGAAGUGCUGGAGUCCGCGUUACGCGAUAUCGCGCAUGCCGUGAUCCAGGACGCCGAAAGCCGAGAUGAUGCCGACGCUAAGCAGACGUCCCCGCACGUCCACCUAUCCCAGCGUAGCGGACUCCAGCAGAGAUCGCCCAAGAGAAGCGCGCGAGGUAGCACUAUACCGGCGUUUGCGGAAAGUACCAUAAACGCGGUACGAGCGGCUCUGCAGAAGUAUCAGUUGACGAUACGAGAACUACAGAUUAAAUCACAAACCAGCAAGGAACAGAUACUGUCGAUGCGUAAACAGUGCGAGGCCGCGGAGGAAAAUGCUCAGACGUUAAAUAUGAGAGUUGCGGAAUUGAUCUCUCAGUUGGAUGCAUGCCGUUCGCAAUGCGCGCAGUUAGAGCAAGAGAAGGACAUGCUGCAAAAAAGUCUCGACACUGUGAAAUUGGAGAAAAAUGCAUUGGAUAAAAGUAAAAUGGAACUUAACAGCACGAUGGAGGCUCUUAGAAAUAAUUACGAGAAACUUCAAAAGACUAAUAAUAAAUUACAAAAACUGUGUGACAACUUGGAAGAUGAAAAGUUGUAUUUGCAAAGUGAGCUUAGCAGAAUAUCAGAAGAUGCUGACUUGAAAGAAUUAAGUUUACGGUCGGAGGAAGAUAGAUGCAGUAAAAUGAGAGAAGAGCUUUUGACAUUGCGAGAAGAUCUAAGUAAAGCCUAUCUUGCCAAGGAUAUGUUGGAACAACAGAAGUUAGAAACCGAUGGAUUAAUCUCUCAAAUCGAAAAAAACAAAGGCGAUCUGGAAUUGGAGCUGGAACGUAUACUAUUGGAAAAGUCAGACGUACAGGAGAUUUUAAUAAAAAUGGAAGCGAUGUGCUCCAAUUACGAGCAGGAUAAGCAAAGAUUGCAGGAAGAAUUGAAAAAAAUGACAGACGAGAGAAAUAAGCUCGCGAAUCAGUGCAUCGAUCAACAGGGGGAUCUGAAUUCAUUGAGAAAGGAAUUGUUGCAAGCCGAACAGAAUCGGCUUGACGUGGAAUCCGAGAAGGUUACGUUAAACGAAAAGAUUAAAUUUCUGGAGAUAGAAAAGGAGAAGGUGGAAAUGGAAUUGGGACAGGUGACUCGCGAGCGUGGCGAUUUGAGCAAUCAAUUGUCAGUCUUGGCGCGAAAGAAGGAAACGUUAAACGAAGAGCUCAUGAGACUACGGCAAAGAUUGGAACAGGCCAACGAAAUGAAUGCACGAAUAAACAGAAACUUGAAAGAUCUUGUAAAAGAUAAUGAGGAGAAACAAGUACUCUUAGAAACAAAUGAGAAAGAAUUCCAAAGGUUACAAGAACAGCUAGCAUCGAUGCGCACGGAGAAAGAGAUAUUGGAAGGAGUACUGUUCGAUACGCAAACCAACUUGGAAGCUACACAUAUCAGGAAGACACAGUUGGAGAAGGAGCAAAAAGAGAUAUUAAUAAAACAGGAAAGCUUGAAGGGGCAGGUGACGCGACUAACAAAAGAACUGGAGAAUAGCGAAAAACGUGCGCAAGAUAUUAAACAAUCACUCACCCAACAGAGUAGCGAUCAGGUCGCGGAAUUCCAACAAGUUAUAUCCAACAUGAAGAGACAAUCAGAAGACAGCAUAAAAAAGAUAAACGACGAAAAGGAACAAGUAAGAGUAAGUUUAGAGAAACGGUUGCAACAGUCUGUAUUACAAAUGGAGGGAGAGAAAAAUGAAGAAAUCAAUCUGCUGCAACAGCGAAUAGAGGAGUUGCAGCAGCACAUAGAGAAUUUAUGUAAGCAGCACGAGGAAGCGCUUCUUAGAGCUGAGAAUGAUAAACAACAGGCACUUUUAAUUGCUCAUCAUGAUCAACAGGCUUUAAUCGAAAAGAUUGACACCAUUAUGCGCGAAUUAGAAGAAGAGAAGAACACCUUGGAACGCGUUAAAAGAGAGGCCGCAGCGCGCGCCGAUCAAGAACGUAAUAACACCAAUCAACUGCGCGACGAAUUAAAUCGCCUCAAAACAAAGCUGGACGAGACGAAGUUGAAGGCUAACGAGGAAAAGAUGAAACUCGACUUAAAGAUAGAGGAACUAUGGAAGGAACGAGAGUCCACACAACGAGAAGUCGAAGAGCUGCAAGUUCAACUGCACAUGACGGAGGAUAAAGUAGACGGGCUGCAAAAUCAGUUGCACGACACUAUCAGGAAGCUCAAAGACGCUGACAACGUUAAUGAAACAAUGCGCAAAGAGUUAGUGGAUGUACGAAGACAGUUGGCGGAUACCACGUAUGAAAAAGAAAAGUACAACAACAGUAACAAGGAGCUGCGGGAACACGUUAAGCAAAUUGAGAGCGAAAGAAGGGAGCAGGGAAGAACGUUGGAGGAGUCGUAUCAAAAAAUAGCAACAUUGGAAGACGCAAAAACCACUAUGGACGUCGAGAGGACGCGUUUGCAGGCGCAAGUACGCGACAUGGAACGCGAGGCGAUGCAACUGCAGCAGCAACUUCGCUUCACGCAGGACGAGCUGCAGAAGUGCCACGAGAACAACGCCCAGGCGCAAAAUGAAGAGAAGGAACUGCAGGCCAGAUUGGCUAAUGAGAUCGAGGAAAGAGAACGAAUACAACUGCAAUUGCAUCAAGUGAAAAAACAGGUAAUCGACUUGGACAACAGUUUGGAAGUUACGCGACAAGAACUUGGAAAGCUACGCGCGCGAGCAGACGAGGAAGAUGAAAGAUGGCGUGCUCGGGAACAAGAGUUGCUGGUACGGCUCGAGGACAGCCGCUGUCGUGAAAGAAAAUUAGAAGAUCAGAAACACAAUCUGGAGGUUUGCUUGGCUGAUGCUACGCAGCAGCUUCAAGAGCUGAAGGCACGUCUUGGAGGCUCCGAAGGCAGAGUGAGAGCUCUCGACGCGCAACUGUCGCAAUUAGAGACUGCUAAAAAAGAAGUGGAGCAAAAAUUGAGCAGCGUAGGCUCCACACUACGCCGUAUUGCCGGUAUUCAAAUGGACGGAAGCGUGAACAUGCCAUUUAAAUUGAUGAGUCCGUCGAGAAGAUGGAGUCCGGCGCGUGCGCAAGAUCAUGGUGACACUAGCAGAGAUAUCAUACUGGAUGUUGAUCCUGAAGCCGUUAGAAAAGGAGUGCGAUCACUUAUGCAACAAGUUGCCCAAAUUGAACGAGAGAGAGACGAUUACAAAACAGAAUUAUGUAGCUUGAAAAAGCAGCUAAAAGAGUCUCAAGAAAAUCAAAACAACACAGAUGUAAAAGUCAACAAUCUUCUAGCUAAUAUUCGAACACUUCAGGAAGAGAAAAAAUCUGUAGAAGCAAAACUGACUCAAACGCAGACUGGCUAUCAAGCACAGCUGGAUGCGCUCCAACAAAAAACAGAAGAAUGCGAGCAAUUGUGCGAGAAACUUACUACCUUAGAGAUAAAGAUAAGCGCGGAGUCGGACGAGAAAUCCCAGUACGAGGAUAAACUGGAGAAAAUGAGGCAGGAAUUAAAUAGAUUGGAAACGGAGAAACGUAAUCUUCAGAAAGAAGUCCGUCACAGUGAUUCACGCGCGACAGAGAUGGAACUGCACAGAAUGUCUUUGGACGGUGAUCUCCAAAGACUGCAAAUGAUGCUGCAAGAGAAAGAAGCGCAUAAUCAAAAAUUACAAGACCGCUUUGACACGCAAAGUCGUACCAUGGCAGGUUUAGAAGAACGUUGCGCUUCGCUAAAAUCUACUAUAGAGCAGUUAAAACUGUCAUUAGAGAAAGCGUCUGCUACGGAAAGUGAACUCAAGAAUGAAAUGAAUUUGUUGCAACACAAUGUAAUGGAGAUCACUACUUCCUCUCAAAGUAACAACGAAAAACUCAAACAGCUGCAGAAACAACUUUCGAAUGCUGAAAAUGAUCGUAGGAUAUUAUCUGAACGUCUGGAAACGGUUCAGCAGACGUUGAGCAAUUUAAAACAUACCAAUCAGUCGCUGAUCGAUCAAAACACACGGCUGCAAAAUGAACUGGCAAACAAUGAAGUACAGCGAUCAGCUUUGGAGUCGCAGUUAAGGUUGUCCACAUGGCCAUCAGAGAGCGGCGUGUCCAAGGACGAAGAAUUAUUACGUCAAUUGCAAAUUGCUCAAAAAGAAAGAAGCGAGAUGAGAGGAAGAGUGGAUGCUCUCAACGACAAAGUGAAGCUGUUAGAAGCUGACAAACGUAAUUUGGAACGUCAGAUCGCCUCGGGCAAAACCAGUGCUCGAAGCAAGAGCUACGAACGCCCGGAGAAGGCGCAUAUGGAACUCCUAGGCACCUGUUACAGCCUCGACAGUUUGGAGCAUGAGAACAGAGAAUUGAGAUUGAAGAUACGCAAAUUAGAGACACAAUUAGCGGAGAAGGAGGCUGAGCUGAUACGCAUGAAAUCAACUUACAUCCAUUCGUCUCAUUCGUUGUUGGACACGAGUCGAGACAGAAGCGGAGAAUUGGAGCGGAUCCGGGCCGCGCAAUUGCAAGCUGAAAAAUUAUUGGAGGCUAGAGAACAGAGCCAUCGUCAACAAGUAUCGCGUUUGGAAAACCAGAUACAAUUACUGAGGGAGCAGCUCAGUCAAGAGAUAAAGCGCAGGCAGCUGUACGUUUUACGGAGCUCGCGAGCCGGUAGGGAGAUGCAACAACUGCGACAAGCGUUGGGCGACUCCUUGAGAACCGUGGCGCAGGAUCCGUCACUGGACGCGGUAUUACUUGAACACGAAGCGCGUAAAUUGGACUCCACCCUGACGAGUACCGCUAGCUUACCGCCGUCAUUAGCUUUACCCGCCCCGCCGUCUUACAGAUCCACCACCCCGUCGCAACAUAAAUAAUGCGAGACGUACUCGCGAAGAGGGACCGAACUCUCUCUGAAAAAACUGCCAGUAUAUUAUGUAUCAGGCAUAGUACUUACAUAUAUUUUAAGUGUAGUACUUUUGUAUACUGCACUUAGAUACUUAUAUCAGUAUAUGGGUACUUGUAGGUAUUAUAUUUCUCUCCAGGAUGUGGAGUACAAUUAGCUCUCGGGUAUGCACAGAGAGAAAAAGAUUUCUUUAGAUUUAAUACAAUUUAUUAAUAUAUAAUACAAAGAAAUAUGUGCUCUGGAAUAGUCAAAUCAAAACUAAAGAAACAAACAUGAUUGUUUAUUACUAAUGCUGUUUGAUUCAAUAAAACAAUUUUUUUUUAAUAAAGAUGUUUCAAUAAUCAUGUUUCGUAUAACACACAUGUUAUUUGAAUCAAAUAAAUAAAAUAUGUAAAUCCAAACAAGGAAAAGAAUAUUCAAAGAAAUCGUUCUCUCUGUGUGGAAAUAUUGUUCAAUGGGCGCUGGAGCCAUUGCAUAUCGAAGUCAUCACGAAAAUGUACAAGAUUGUACAAGCCACCGCAAAAAUAAAAGUUCGUAGCGCUUCUUGAUAUCUUAUUAUAUGAUUGAGACAAUCGCGGGAUUUUUCGAGGACUAUUUCAUUUGAUAUACAAUUUUUACAGUCAAAUUUUUAAGGACUUUCUUUUUAUACAAAUUUUAUGCUUCCAAUGAUUAACAUUUGCACAAGAGAUCCAGACAUGUUUCAUAUAGCUUAUUAAUACACGUGAAAUGUGUGAGGGUUUUGUGAUACAUGCGUACAUUUAACAAGAAUAUCUAGCUAAAAACAUUUGCAGCAUUUUGUUUCAUUACCUCGAUUCUCAUCUAUCGAAUAUAAAAUAAUUAUUGCAUGGAAAUCAGCUUAAUAUCCAAUAAUUAGUAAACACAAAAAUCAUUCCAAUGCAUUUAUCUAAAAGAAGAAUAUAUAUACAUUAUUAUUUAACAAAUUUCUGGCAAAGAUUUUAACAUCAAAGUGUUAACAGAAAUUAGGUAUAUACUCGUCUAUGUAAUACUAGUCCACAAUCCGUCCACAAGUAAUGUUACUGACCUAAACUUACUAAUUUAUUUAUUUAAGAUAUUGACAGAUUCAUUUUGUAACAGAUAAGCGAAAGGAAUAAAGUGUGUACACUGAAAAGAGCUUAUAAUACAUAUUACUUGAGCUUUGGUGAGAUAAGUUUUAUUAUUUAGUAAUACAAAAAAAUAUUUAGUAAUUAUAUUAAUAGUAACCAAACUACUAAAUAUUACUGAAUAUUUGCUUUAAUUAAAUAUUCAAUGGAAAUCGAUUUCACCAAAGCUAAGUAACUAUUAUUUAGGCUUGAUUAUCAUAAAACCUUUUUUGUACACGCUGGCGAUUCAUAUAAUGAGAAGUGCUUAUAAAAGUAGGCGGCAACAGGGAGAGAAGAUGCUAUGUUUAGUCUCGUACCGAGACCAAAGUAAAUCAGCAAACAAGAGCAUUGUAGAGAUUACGCUUCCGAUUAUCAGGUAGAUAUAUUGAGUAAAUUUACCGAAAGUAAAGCGUAGAGAACGACAUGCCGCAAUAGAGAGGAGGGAGUGGAUUUAAAAAGUACAGACAUAUAGAUGACAAGCGAGACGGACUGUGUCUGUUCUCUUUAGUAUUGAGAAUAUAGACAUCCAGUCCUGCAAAUGUAGCCUAAAUGUAAACCUGCCUCGAUUGAGCCGUUCGGCUUGUGAUACGAAACGAUCGAAAGCGUUAAAGAAUAAAUAUUAUUUUUUAUGUGUUUUGUA